UCUAAAAGUUGCAGCACAGUGGCCCUCCAAGACUGGAGCGUGACACCUGUUCUCUGGCUUGUCCUUAGGGGGAUAAACGUGGGGUCCGUGGGAGUGGAGUGGGUCCGUGGGAGUUUGGACCCGCACGCGGGACACGGACGGCUUUCUUCCCAGCUGCCCAACAAGGAAGGCUUACUCAGCACAGUCGGCCAGGAUGGCGGUCACCCCUAGACGCGUCCGCCUCAAGCCGUGGCUUUUGGCCCAGGUGGACAGCGCUCGGUACCCGGGUCUGGAUUGGGUCGACAGGGAGGCCUUGCGCUUCAGGAUCCCCUGGAAACAGGCCUUUAAAUACCCAGCCGAGGACGAGGACACCAUAUUUAAGGCAUGGUCUGUGGUGACCGGGAAGUUUCAGGAGGGAGUUGAUGAACCUGAUCCCACCAAGUGGAAAUCUCGGCUUCGGUGCGCCUUGAACAAAAGCAGUGAAUUCAAACUGGUCUAUGACGGCACCAAGGAAGUCCCCAUGAAUCCCUUUAAGGUGUACGAAGUCUGCGACAUCCCACAACCCAAUACUCCUUCAGAUGCAGAAUCACGUACUCUCUACGAUGAGGAUUUGGGAGAGGAUCCCACACCAGAUUCUCUUCCUCCAAAUCCAUCCAAUGGCACCAGUCCUCCUCCACUCCUCAUGUGGUCUCCGAUGGGUUCCCGUUCUUCCAUGCAGCCUCCCAGCUGUCCACCUUCAAACGAGGUCUGGCCCAAAGAGGAG